UCAGACUUAUAUAUUCAUUUGCUUUUACACAAAAGGAAUGAUGGUUGUUGGUGAAGAAAUUUUCGAAUUUUGAGUAGAGAUUAAGCUUAAAAUGGCGACCAAGUUUUUAUCACUGGCGUGUAUACGUGGCACCGGUGCCGGUGAUGGCUAUUCCCGAGGAUUGUCACCGCGGCCGCACUAUCCGUCUAUGCCAAAGUACCCAAAGGGGAUGUCGGCAGAUAUGGAGAGUAGUAUGGAUAGAUCGGAGCGUAGGGCUUUGUUUUCUGUCACCGGAAUGACCUGUUCUGCUUGUGCCGGAUCGGUGGAGAAGGCCGUUAAGCGGUUGCCGGGAAUCAAGGAGGCUGUUAUUGAUGUGUUGAAUAAUCGAGCUCAAGUCAUGUUUUACCCUAGCUUCGUCAAUGAGGAGACUAUUCGUGAAACCAUUGAAGAUGUAGGGUUCGAAUCUGCACUGAUCAUGGAGGAAACAAAUGAAAAAUCGACUCAAGUAUGUCGAAUCCUCAUCAAAGGAAUGACUUGCACAACUUGUUCAAGUACAGUCGAGUCUGCUCUGGGAUCUGUACAUGGAGUACAGAGAGCCCAAGUUGCAUUAGCAACAGAAGAAGCCGAAAUCCACUAUGAUCCCAUGACUGUAAGCCAUGACCAUCUCUUAAACACCAUAGAAGACACUGGAUUCGAAGCCAUAUUGAUUAGCACAGGAGAAGACGUGAGCAAAAUACAUUUACAAAUCGAUGGACCAUGGAAUGAUGGUUCCAUGCGAAUCAUCCAAGAAUCUCUUCAAGCACUUCCUGGAGUUGAAAAGAUUGAAUUUGACACCAAUCUCAAAAAGUGUUCCCUCUCUUACAAACCAGAUUUAACAGGACCUAGAAACUUCAUUCAGGUAAUCGAAUCAACAGGAUCCGGAUUCAAGGCGAAGAUAUUUCCUAAAGGAAACGGAAGGGAUUCUCAUAGACAAGAAGAAAUCAAUCAAUACUACAAAUCUUUCAAAUGGAGUUUGGUUUUCACAAUUCCAGUGUUCCUAACCUCCAUGGUGUUCAUGUACAUCCCUGGACUCAAACACGGACUUGACACCAAGAUUGUCAACAUGAUGACUGUAGGCCAUCUUUUAAGAUGGAUAUUAUCCACCCCUGUUCAGUUUUUCAUUGGUAGAAGAUUCUACACAGGUUCCUACAAAUCAUUGCGCCAUGGUUCUGCGAAUAUGGAUGUUCUGAUUGCAUUGGGAACAAACGCAGCCUACUUCUAUUCAGUCUACUCUGUAUUAAGAGCUGCAGCUUCACCACAUUUUGAAGCAACCGACUUCUUUGAAACAAGUGCAAUGUUAAUCUCAUUCAUUCUACUUGGAAAAUAUCUGGAAGUUAAAGCAAAGGGAAAGACAUCUGAAGCAAUUGCAAAGCUCAUGGACCUGACUCCUGAUACAGCAACACUGUUGACUUUUGACACUGAAGGGAAUGUUGUAAAUGAAGAAGAGAUAGACAGCAGAUUGAUUCAAAGACACGAUGUGAUCAAAAUCAUCCCUGGUGCAAAAGUAGCUUCAGAUGGAUUUGUUACAUGGGGACAAAGCCAUGUGAAUGAGAGCAUGAUCACAGGUGAAGCAAGACCUGUUGGAAAAAGGAAAGGAGAUACAGUUAUUGGAGGGACAGUGAAUGAAAACGGGGUUUUGUAUAUUAAAGCGACACGUGUCGGAUCAGAAAGUGCACUUUCACAAAUAGUUCAACUUGUUGAGUCAGCACAGAUGGCAAAAGCUCCAGUUCAAAAGUUAGCUGAUAGAAUUUCCAAAUUCUUUGUUCCUCUCGUAAUUCUUCUUUCUUUUUCCACUUUUCUUGCAUGGUUUGUUGCUGGAAAGUUUGAUGGGUAUCCGGAAUCUUGGAUUCCAUCCUCCAUGGAUAGUUUUCAGCUUGCUUUACAGUUUGGAAUCUCUGUUAUGGUUAUAGCUUGCCCAUGUGCUUUAGGGUUGGCAACUCCAACAGCUGUGAUGGUUGGGACUGGAGUUGGGGCUUCUCAAGGUGUUCUUAUAAAAGGAGGGCAAGCGUUAGAAAGUGCACAUAAGGUGAAUUGUAUUGUGUUUGAUAAGACUGGGACUCUUACAAUUGGGAAGCCACUGGUUGUUAACACAAGACUCUUGAAGAACAUGGUGCUUAGAGAGUUCUAUGAAUUGAUUGCUGCAGCUGAGGUGAACAGUGAACACCCUUUAGCCAAGGCAAUUGUAGAAUAUGCCAAAAAAUUUAGAGACGAUGAAGAGAAUCCAAUUUGGGCAGAAGCACACAACUUUGAAUCCAUAACUGGACAUGGUGUGAAAGCCAUUGUCCACAACAAACAAAUAAUAGUUGGAAACAAGAGCUUAAUCUUAAACAACGGAAUCCCUAUUUCCAUUGACGCACAAGAAAUACUAACAGAAAUCGAAGGGUUAGCCCAGACCGGAAUCCUCGUUUCCAUAGACAACCACCUCACUGGAAUUCUAGCCAUUUCCGAUCCGUUAAAACCCGGUGCUCGUGAAGUCAUCUCCAUCCUCAAAUCCAUGAAAAUCAAAAGUCUAUUGGUCACUGGAGACAACUGGGGAACCGCCAAUUCCAUUGCAAAGGAAGUCGGAAUCAGCGAUGUAACCGCCGAAGCCAAACCGGAGGACAAAGCAGAGAAAGUGAAAGAGCUACAAGGUUCGGGACUUGUGGUGGCGAUGGUGGGAGACGGAAUCAACGAUUCCCCCGCUCUAGUUGCUGCGGAUGUCGGAAUGGCGAUAGGUGCUGGAACGGAUAUAGCGAUUGAAGCGGCUGAUAUUGUUCUUAUGAAAAGUAAUCUAGAAGAUGUGAUCACUGCGAUUGAUCUUUCGAGAAAAACGUUUACUAGAAUCCGGUUGAAUUACAUUUGGGCUUUGGGGUAUAACCUUCUUGGGAUUCCGAUUGCGGCCGGAGUUGUGUUUCCGUUCACAGGAUUCCGAUUGCCACCGUGGAUUGCCGGAGCUGCUAUGGCUGCGUCUUCUGUGAGUGUUGUUUGUUGCUCUUUGUUGUUGAGGAAUUAUAGAAGGCCUAGGAUUCUUGAGACUUUGGAGAUUCAAGGAAUAACAACUGUUUGAACUUUGAAUGUAAAUAUCUUCGUGUUUUUGUUUACAUGUAUAUAUGUAGGAUAAAAAUAGUUUUAUCUGUUUAAGGGUGGUAUAUUGUUUGAUUCAAGUACUACAAGUUGAAAUAUGUUACAUGAAA